AUGGAUAAAUUCCGAAUGAUCUUCCAGUUCCUCCAGUCCAACCAGGAGUCAUUCAUGAAUGGCAUCUGUGGCAUCAUGGCACUUGCCAGUGCACAGCUGUAUGUGGCUUUUGAUUUCAAGUGCCCAUGUUUACCAGGCUACAAUCUGGCCUAUGGGAUGGGUAUCCUGUUUGUGCCACCUCUCGUUCUGUUCUUACUGGGCUUCGUGAUGAACAACAACGUCUCCAUGUUAGCUGAAGAAUGGAAAAGACCCACCGGGAAACGCCAGAAAGACCCGGCCGUCUUGCGUUACAUGUUCUGUUCCAUGGCCCAGCGGGCCAUGAUCGCUCCUGCUGUCUGGAUUUCCGUCACGCUGCUUGAUGGAGAGUGCUUUGUGUGUGCCUUCUGCACCUCUGUGCCCAUAGAGAAGCUGGGGAAUGAAAGCUACACAGGCCUAUCUGAGAAGGCAAUGAGGAGGAUUCUUGCCCAGAUUCCCUGCACAGAAAUUUACAGUGGACAUGAGCUUAUAGCCAGAGAAGUGGCAAUCAGGUACCUGCGCUGUGUUUCCCAGGCAAUGGGCUGGACCUUUGUGCUUCUGAUGACCUUGCUGGCAUUCCUUGUUCGAUCCUUACGCCCCUGCUUCACUCAAGCUGCAUUCUUGAAGAGCAAGUACUGGUCCCACUACAUUGACAUUGAACGCAAGCUGUUUGAUGAGACCUGUACGGAGCAUGCGAAAAGCUUCGCCAAAGUUUGCAUCCAGCAGUUUUUCGAAGGCAUGAACAAGGACCUGAGCAUGGGCCACUCACACUUUCCUGAGAAAGCACCUUCAGAAGCUGGGGAAGAGAAGGAAAAACUAUUGGGCAUUAUGGAUCAAAGGACUAUGAACAAACUUCUGAAGAACUGGCAUAAAUGCAAGCCCCCACUAUGCCUCAACCAGGAGGUGCUACAGAAUGGCUGGGCAGGAGAAAUCAUACACCCCCCUGUGCCUAAGAGGGAGUAUGCUGCAUACUACAGCAAAGUCUGA